UCCCGGGCGCCGCUUGUCCGCCGAGCUCCCACGGCCCUGGCUUGCACCAUGAGUGCCUCUCCAACGCUGCCCGGCUGGGGAGAGGAGGGGCUGGACACCUCCUGGCCCCCAGAGGACAACACCAGCCGCGGUCCGGAGGAGGGGGACGUGGGGACCGGGUCUGGGGACGCGAAGGCGGCAGGCAUGGUCACCAUCCAGUGCAUCUACGCGCUGGUGUGCCUGUUGGGUCUGGUGGGGAACGCCCUGGUCAUCUUUGUGAUCCUCCGCUACGCCAAGAUGAAGACCGCCACCAACAUCUACCUGCUCAACCUGGCCAUCGCCGACGAGCUCUUCAUGCUGAGCGUGCCCUUCGUGGCGUCAUCUGCGGCCUUGCGCCACUGGCCCUUUGGCUCGGUGCUGUGCCGCGCGGUGCUGAGCGUGGACGGCCUCAACAUGUUCACCAGCGUCUUCUGCCUGACCGUGCUCAGCGUGGACCGCUAUGUCGCUGUGGUGCACCCUCUGCGCGCCGCCACCUAUCGGCGGCCCAGCGUGGCCAAGUUAAUUAAUUUGGGCGUCUGGCUGGCGUCCUUGCUGGUCACGCUGCCCAUCGCCAUCUUCGCGGACACCAGGCCUGCGCGGGGUGGCCAAGCUGUGGUCUGCAAUCUGCACUGGCCGCACCCGGCCUGGUCAGCCGUCUUCGUGGUCUACACUUUCCUGCUGGGUUUCCUGCUGCCGGUUCUGGCCAUUGGUCUGUGCUACCUGCUUAUCGUGGGCAAGAUGCGGGCAGUGGCACUGCGGGCAGGCUGGCAGCAGAGGAGGCGCUCAGAGAAGAAGAUCACUCGGCUGGUCCUGAUGGUAGUGGCUGUCUUUGUGCUCUGCUGGAUGCCAUUCUACGUGGUGCAAUUGUUGAAUCUGUUUGUGACCAGCCUUGAUGCCACCGUCAACCACGUGUCCCUGAUCCUCAGCUAUGCCAACAGCUGCGCCAACCCCAUACUUUAUGGCUUUCUUUCUGACAACUUCCGUCGUUCCUUCCAACGGGUUCUGUGCCUGCGCUGCUGUCUCCUGGAUGCUGCUGGUGGUGCGGAGGAAGAGCCCCUGGACUACUAUGCCACUGCUCUCAAAGGCAGAGCUGGUGCGGGGUGUAUAUGCCCCCAAGUCCCCUGCCAGCAGGAGCCAGUACCCCCAGAACCCAGCCGCAAGCAGGUGCCCCUCACCAGGACCACCACCUUCUGAAGAGCCCUUUUCCAUCCAUCUAGAAUCGUUACCUGGGGUGAGGCGGUCUACACCACACUUCGAGCCCAUCGGGGUGCCUCUUCUGGAUGCUCACCUAAGAACUCCCAGCUGUUCCCACCACAGCCACCUCCUGUGCUCCAGCCCAACAGUGUCAGAGCUCCUCUGCUUUGCCCUGUCCCCAGUACUCUGGCUUCCAGUUUGAUGCCUUGGAGGGAGAGGAGGAGGAGCUGGAAGAGAAAGAGAAAGUUGGAGGAGGAGGCAGAGGAGAGAGACUCCUCUGUUAAUCUUUCUGAACUUCUGGCUAUUUUUCAAGAGGAGAGAAGCAGAAGAAAUGUCCAUUUGCAUGUAAUUGUUACAGCAACUCUGCCUGGGAGAGGACUGUCCAGAAGGCAGAGGCUGCCUGUAUCCUUGUUGUCUGCAGACUGCUUGGUGGUGGGGACAUAGCAGGUAUGGAAAGAAAGGGCAGAUGGCUGCAAGCACAUUCUCUGAGCUUCUAUUUCAUUCCUGAGCUCUUGUGCUAAGUGCGAUUUGUGUGCCACCACCUGGGGCACCAGCUUUGUCACCCUUGGGCCCUAUGCUUGCUUGCAUAACAAGUGUCGCCCUGCUUGUCCUGAACUGGCAGCAGGCUCCCUGUGAGUAUAAAGGUCUGGGAAAGACGUAAUGUGGGGUUUGCUACAGAGCAAAACACCAGAUUCGUAAUAAAAAAACAGAAAGGA